UUCAAUAAAAUUUUCUUUUGUUGAGCUUCGCCCCCUUUUCUUGCACCAAACUCUGCUGCUCAGUUGACACAUGCCCUCAUCUCAUUCACACCUGCAUCCAUCACUUCGAUUCUCAUCUGAUAUGUUCUCUUUCACAUCAUAGAGAGAGAGAGAGAGAGAGAGAGAGAAGGCUCUUUCGCUCUCAAUUUUGUUGUGGUUAAGCUCUCAUCAUCACCAAAUAUCGCUGCUGGUUACUUGAUGAUUCAAACAGCAUGACAAGUUCUGCUGUUCUAGCCCUCUAUAUUACAAUUUGUUGCGUUGCAUUCAUUAUAUCGAAGAUCAUAAUCUCGGUGCUCCUAUACAAAAGAUGGGCGAGGAAGCGUAGGAUUGUUGAAGAAAGCUUAUCAGGUGGGAAAAUGGUGAUGUUUCGGUCUCCGACAACACAGUCCAUAAAUUCAAAAGCUUUCAUGAAGACGAUGAUGAAGCUAACAAACAAAGACAUUAUCGGCUCUGGUGGAUAUGGCACGGUGUACAAAUUGACCAUAGAUGACAUGGCAUUUGCGGUGAAGAGACUAAACAAGGGACGCACAGAGAGGGAUCUUGGAUUUGAAAGAGAAGUAGAUGCAAUGGGUGAUAUAAAGCAUAGAAAUAUUGUCACUCUUCAUGGAUACUACAUAGCACCUCAGUUUAAUCUACUGAUAUACGAGCUGAUGCCAAAUGGAAGCUUGGAUUUAUUCCUCCACAGAAGGAUGCGUGAAGAAAAACCUCUGGAGUGGCCAACUAGGUUCAAGAUUGCAUUAGGAGCAGCUCGGGGUAUAGCGUACCUCCAUCAUGACUGUAUUCCUCAUAUAAUUCAUCGAGACAUUAAAUCGAGUAACAUACUACUAGAUCAAAAUAUGGAGGCGAGGGUAUCUGAUUUUGGAUUGGCAACAUUGAUGGGACCAGAUAAUACUCAUGUUUCGACUGUUGUAGCUGGAACUUUUGGCUAUCUAGCUCCUGAAUAUUUUGAUACGGGGAAAGCAACGACAAAGGGAGAUGUCUACAGCUUCGGUGUGGUUCUGCUCGAACUUUUAACAGGAAAACAGCCAACGGAUGAAUCAUUUAUUGAGGAAGGCACGAAGUUAGUCACCUGGGUGAAAGGCGUUGUUGAAGAUAGGAAAGAAGAACAUGCAGUUGAUAGUAACCUCAUCAAUUUUCCGGUUGACGAAGUCAAGAAAGUAUUUGCAGUUGCAGAAAAAUGUCUAGAACCGGAUCCUUUCAAGAGAUCAGACAUGGCUAGAGUUGUUAAGAUGCUCGAGGAAAUAAACUCGCAAAAAGUAUAAUUGGGUUUUUUUUUUAGUGUAAAGAGUAGAUUUUUUUUAAAGUCAAAUUCAGCACAAGAUUCUUUGUGCUUUUGAAAAUUCAUCAUUGAACAAAUGGUGGGCUAUGUGCAUAAUCAUUAUCCAUUAUUACUUUGUGCUGCAUAUAUAAUUACCAAAUCCUCAGACUAAUCCACAUAAU